AUGGAUUAUAAGCAAUAGUAUGAUGAAAUGUGCCAAAAAUAUUAGUAAAUGGAAGAGGAAUACAAUCAGUUUAUAGAAGAAAGCCAAAUUUUGGAAGAUCAAUAAUAAAAAACAAUUGAGACUUUAAAUAAACAACUUGCAUAGACAUAAAAUUAGUUAUUGCAAUAAAAAGAAGAAACAUAAAGAGCGAGAAGUGAAUUAUAAUAAACUCAAAACCAAUUGGAGAAGCAAUUAAAUAAAAAGGAAACUCAGAUUGCAGAAUUUUAAAAAAAUGUGCAAAGCCUUAAAUUAUAAAUCAUAGACUUAGAAGUUGAUUAAGAUCUCAAUAACAAUAAGAUUAGGUAGCUCGAAGAAACCAAUAAGGACUUAGAAAUUAAAUUAGAUAAAGUCUUAGAGUAAUUAGCAAUGGCAUAAACUGAUUAAGAGGCUAACAAGAUUUAGUCUUCGGAAGAAAUCGAGCGUCUGAAGCAAACAUUAAAAGAAAAUCAAGACGAGUUAUUUGCUGCAAAGAAUCAAAGAGUUUGUGUUACAACAACGAUUCCAGAAGUUGUGAAAAUGCCAAAGAUUGAUUCUUUAAGAGCAAAUGCAGCUGGAUUUAACAAAAGUCUGACUUUAAUAUAGGCUUUGAUUAAAGAUCUUGAUGACAAAAUGACAUUAAUUAGAUAACCUAAGGCAUGA